AUGAAAGAGCACCAUGGUACCCAGGGAACAAAGCACCCUCCAUCUGUGGAGUCGACGCCUCUCUCACUCCCGCCACUGCCAGCAGUCCAGGCGCGGGGUAUGCAAGCUAAUUCCAUAGGGCCGUCGGCCGGGAAAGGCGGAGUGGAUCGCGCAACACCCACUGCUGCCGCCUCGAAGGAAGCGUGCAGCUACAACGGCAGCACGUGCUGCACCCGAGACAACACCAAUGCUUUGGCGGCUGAUAAUGGGAGGGCAAUCACGGCUAUUGGGCCAACAUCCCGUGCUUUACCCGACGAUUCGCUUUCGCGGCGCACCUACGACCCUGCGUGUCCUCCGUCACCGCCAGAGUCCUUCGUGACCGUGGUACCUGAUCAACCGCUGCAGCGCGGGCUUCGCCUUCCCUCUCAGUCAUCCGCUAGAGCUGGUGCCCGCAUUUCCGCCGACCUCGCUAAGUCGAGCCUGCAGAACACGGAGGAAGACGUCGCGUACCCAAGCGUCCAAAACACGCGUCAAAGUGAGAAUACCGCCUUGCUUCCCACUCAGAGGACGUGCGAGUCGCUUUCCAGGGAAGCGCGGGUCGAUCAACCUGCAGAUCCUCAGUCUACCGUCCCGGUUGAACAGGAUCAUCGGAAGAGUGAGAGGAAAUCGUGCCCGCUCUCCGCAUCAUCUUCUUCGGAACACGCGAAUUUAGAAUCAGUGACGCGUCAGUUUACGCGGCACAGCGUCAUGCGGCAAUCCUUGUGCGCGCCUGCCUCUAUUCACAAGUCGCCCACACUUCAUUUCGCUGGGGAAUCGGGUAACUCGGCGUGGUACACCGUCGGUGCGCAUGCGAACAACGGCUGUUGCUCACACGACGCAACUGCGAGUAUGCCAGUCGACUGUGCUACCGUAUCAGCUUGCAGUCGAUCGCCUGUAGAAGCUGAAACCUUCACCAACGAACACACUCGACACCGAAACAAAAUCGACACCACCUUAGCAGACGGUACUUUGGUCAGCGGUGCAGACGAGACGACCUUCCCCACUCGCGAGACCUUUCCGAUCCCUCGCUACUGCCUCGAUGACCUGCUGCGAGGUGAGGACAAGAUUUGGGCCCCCGGCAAACCGCUGCGCAUCGCCUACAUUAGCUGGAACAUGGCAAGCAAGAGGUCGCGCGUCGGUGAGGUCUCCGCAUACUGUAUUCACCCCAACGCACACUUAGUAGUGGUCGGUACGCAGGAGAACGGCCCCUACCUGAUAUCGAACAAGCUCCAGCGCCGAUGGGCGAAGACCGUAUCACAGGUUUGCCUUGGCGGACAGUACGAGCUGGUCGGCAAGCACCAUAUGUGGGCGGUGCAGAUGCUUGUGUUUGCUCGUCGCCGUGACGUGGUCCAUUACAUCUCAAGGUCCCACACAGCGCACGUGAAGACGGGACUGCUGAAUGGUCUGGGUGGGAACAAGGGUGGUGUUGCGGUGGGGCUAGUGUUGUCGCUGACGCCUAAAGAUAUCGAACUAUCCCAGCAGGCGACGACACUACGCGGUCCCACUACCGAUUUGCUGACCCCGUUGCUUGAGAAGGUGACGUCCACGACAAGAGACACACCGGUAAAGCAAGCUGCCACCAGUCCUUUAACUGUUGGCAGCCCGAUGAUACCAAGCUCAAAGAAUUGCUUUGUCGUCGUGCCGCCGAAAUUCUCUGCGGCCGGCAGUGUCGCAUCGUAUUCGCCUUUGCUGUGUGAGCCACGGAUAGUGCCCGACCUUGACGACGAGUAUGGGACGCCGCUGGAUGGGCGGAGCCUGGCAGAUGGCAACAGCACACCCAGCCUCUACAAUGACGAGGAAGGUGUCUUAGACGAUGAAAGUGUGUUUUCGCCUCUUGGGAAUAACAGCCGCACUGCCUCGCUCGACUCGUUCAGUGAGCGGCUUGAGGCCCACUUCGCUCAGAGGCGCAGGUAUCAAUUGGACAACGGCAUCAGUCAACGCCAAGACGGUGGCAGUGUCGACGACGACGCGUCAAAUGACGGAACACCUGAGAAGGACACACCAAAUUACAUGACACUGUUGUUCAUCACGGCGCACCUGGCGGCGCAUCAAGGUGCUGUGAGGAACCGCAACAAGGACUACGAGCAAAUUGUCUACGGUCUGCGGCUUGGCCGCCGCGGUCCCUAUCGCAAGUUCUUCAACCAACUGCUUGAACGGAGGAAAGUAUUAGAGGGUGCGGAGGAAGAGGAGGAGGAGGAGGGCAGCGAGAACAACGCGGACGAUCACUGGGCAGACACCGACUAUAGUGAAGGCGUUACUCCUUUGAGAUUGCCCAUGGUGUCUGCGGUGGCCCCAAACCGAAAAAUGCGUCGCGACGUCACAGAGGAGUUUGACCUCACCUUCUUUGGUGGCGACCUGAACUAUCGUAUCAACGGCACUCGCAAGGCAAUCGAGUAUGUCAUCGAGCACCAUCGCAACAUUCGAUCUAUCCUUAUCAACAAUGACCAGCUGAGCCUCGAGCGGGCUCGCGGGAAGGUGUUCCAAGGAUUCCAGGAGGGUAACCUUCUCUUCCGCCCGACUUACAAGUACGAGUUAUCUGCCAACGGCGGCGUCACCCUCGAUGAGUACAACUUUUCUCACAAGAAGAACCGCAUGCCGGCCUACUGUGACCGCAUCUUGUACAAGAAACGGGUGAGCUCGGCCGCUCACCGCAUCGCCAUUCGACUCUACACGGACGUCCCGAACGUCCGUUCAAGCGACCACCGCCCUGUUGUGGCGCUCUUCGACGUCAGCACGCGGGCCUACACCGAUUGA